AUGUCGCAAAGCGAGACGUUUGGAGCAUCGCAAGUGACAGGUCGAGCCUGGAUCGAUGAUGUGCAACGCUGGUCAGAAGGAGGUGAUGACGAGACAGGUUUUCGCCUGCGCGGUGCCAUCUUUUCACCUCAUGAUGGUUAUUACUUCAGCAAGGACCCUUAUGCGGCGGUCUUGCUUCGGUGCAUUGCCAACAAACGCGUGAGCACAGCGACAAUGUGGGGCAAUGUUUCCGAGCCUGAUAACAACAAGGAUAUUUAUGGCGAAUUGCAGCGAGGUAUUUGGUCUGCGGAGGAACUGGGACGGAUGUACGACUUUGACAUUGAUAAGAUUAGCGCAGCGUUGCUUCAGGAGCUGAAGAGGAUGUCCAUCUAUCUUCCUGGCAAAGAAGGUCGAGCUGUGAACGCGCGUCGGGCUGACAUUCGACACCGACUUGCUCUGAUGAUUAAAAACUACAAGCAAAGUCACCCAUUGAGUCAUGCCAGCAUAGAUUUGGUGGGGGCCGUACAGCGUCAAUUUCGUUUUGUCGACAGUGUCCAGCAGCUUGGAUGGCUCUCAAAUCCCGAAACACUUGACACACGAAGUGCGCUCCUGCGCUACCGCGCUUGGGUUGCUCUAGUAAGUCUCAAAGCCGGUGUGCUUGUACCCACCUUGGACAUUGAUCUGUGCUGGCAUACACAUAUGCUCAGUUCCACGUAUUACUGGGAUAUGAUCAUGACGGUAGGCCUGUUUUUGGAUCAUGAAGACAAGGUGGAAGAGAAAGAUAUGGAAGAGGCUGCCUCCAAAACACAAUAUAUAUGGAAGCAUGUCUUCGGUCAGCCCUAUACGGAAAAUUCCACGGAGAAGAAAAGCUUGCUCAGUAAAUUGAAAGGGAAGAACCGCGCACAUAACAACCCUCAAUAUUCCUUGAGCACGACACAGUCCGUCAAUCUGAUUGACCCAGCUACCUAUGCGACUCUACAAGCGGAUAUGCGGCCUUUUUAUGUGACAGGAAACCACGGAGCCGGACUGGGUGCAUGUAUGGCAGGCAACAUGGACAAAGUUGGCUAUUCUGCAUGCUUGGCCGUAAAUCUUGGCUUCAAUGAUCGAGACGCAGGUAUCUACAGCUAUGCCUCAUCCUACAGCAGAGAUGGUGAAUCCAUACAGAAAGCACUGCCACCGUACGAGACUUAUAUGACGCCUAUUGCUAUGGGAUUCGGGCCUUGA